GUUUAAACGUUUGACAAAGCCAGCAGCUCAAAUACAGGCGGAGUCUGCUCAAAACUCAGCGUUUACCCUAAAGUCUUCAUUGGCCUGGGUGUGGUUUUCAGUCACAGUAGGCUACCGUUAGCAGGAAAUCAAGCGCUGAACUACUAGUUUCAGGCGAAACAAAGAAAAAGCAAGUACUCGAUUUCCGCAGACUGAAAGUAAAAAUCUGAACAAGUUUAUUGUGCGCAGACGUUUUUUUUUUGUUGCUGCGCGCCUUCUCUAAUGGACAAAAGUUUUUGCUGACUGCAUUGUUGAAAGACUAUUAAUUUCCAAUUCCAACAAUCUGUGAUUAAGACAGAAGACAACAUGCCGAAAACGAUCAGUGUGAGAGUCACCACGAUGGACGCUGAGUUGGAGUUUGCCAUCCAGCCCAACACCACGGGGAAACAGCUGUUUGACCAGGUGGUGAAGACCAUUGGACUGCGCGAGGUGUGGUUCUUCGGGCUGCAGUACCAGGACACCAAGGGCUUUUCCACGUGGCUUAAGCUCAAUAAGAAGGUGACGGCUCAGGACGUGAGGAAGGAGAGCCCACUGCUCUUCAAGUUCCGGGCCAAGUUCUUCCCCGAGGACGUUUCAGAGGAGCUCAUCCAGGAGGCCACACAGAGACUGUUCUUUUUGCAGGUGAAGGAGGGCAUCCUGAAUGACGACAUCUACUGCCCCCCGGAGACGGCUGUGCUGCUAGCCUCCUACGCCGUGCAGGCCAAGUACGCCGACUACAGCCCAGACUCCCACAACCCCGGGUACCUGUCUGGAGACAAGCUGCUCCCCCAGAGAGUCCUGGACCAGCACAAGCUGAACAAGGAGCAGUGGGAGGAACGGAUCCAGGUGUGGCACGAGGAGCACAAGGGCAUGCUCAGGGAGGACUCCAUGAUGGAGUACCUGAAGAUCGCCCAGGACCUGGAGAUGUAUGGGGUCAACUACUUCAGCAUCAAGAACAAGAAGGGCUCUGAGCUGUGGCUGGGAGUGGACGCUCUGGGCCUCAACAUCUACGAGCAGAACGACAAAAUGACCCCUAAAAUCGGCUUCCCUUGGAGCGAAAUCAGAAAUAUUUCCUUUAACGACAAGAAGUUCGUCAUUAAACCCAUCGACAAGAAAGCACCAGAUUUUGUGUUCUACGCUCCAAGACUGCGCAUUAACAAGAGAAUCCUGGCUCUGUGCAUGGGUAACCAUGAGCUGUACAUGCGCCGCCGCAAACCCGACACCAUCGAGGUGCAGCAGAUGAAAGCCCAGGCGCGAGAGGAGAAGAACCACAAGAAGAUGGAGAGGGCUCUGCUGGAGAACGAGAAGAAGAAGAGAGAGGCGGCCGAGAAGGAAAAGGAAAAGAUUGAGAAGGAAAAGGAGGAGUUGAUGGAGAGAUUAAAACAAAUUGAAGAGCAAACUAAAAAAGCCCAACAAGAGCUGGAGGAGCAGACUCGCAGGGCUCUGGAGCUGGACCUGGAGAGGAAGCGGGCUCAGGAGGAGGCUGAGCGGCUGGAGAAGGAGCGAAGGACGGCGGAGGAGGCCAAGAGCGCCCUGCUGCAACAGUCUGAGAACCAGAUGAAGAACCAGGAGCAUCUGGCAACAGAGCUGGCUGAGCUCACCUCCAAGAUCUCCCUGCUGGAGGACGCCAAGCAGAAGAAGGAGGAUGAGGCUACGCAGUGGCAACAGAAGGCCACCAUGGUGCAGGAAGACCUGGAGAAGACCAAGGAGGAGCUGAAGAGCAGGGUGAUGGCGUCCCACGUCCAGGAGGCCGUGCAGGCGGAGGACGAGCACGACGAGAACGACGAGAGCAGCGCCGAGGCCAGCGCUGACUUCGCCUCUGCCGGCACCUACAAGGACCGCAGCGAAGAGGAGCGCAUGACUGAGGCAGACAAGAACGAGCGCGUGCAGAAACACCUGCUGGCACUGAGCUCAGAGCUGGCUAACGCUCGGGACGAGACCAAGAAGACCCAGAACGACCUCAUCCACGCCGACAACGUGCGGGCGGGGAGAGACAAGUACAAGACCCUGAGGCAGAUCCGCUCAGGGAACACCAAGCAGCGUAUUGAUGAGUUUGAGUGUAUGUAACCUGUUCAUGACUCCCCACGGCUACGGCCCUGGACUGGGUCCCAUCAUCUUAGACUGUAGACCUGCCUUUCACGAGCUACAGUGCCUUACACCUACACAAGACAAGUAAAUAUUAUGUGAGGAAAAAGAACAAUACAGCACAUUGUACAGUAAUAUUGAUACACAAAUCAAGUAUUGUCACCAUAGGCGGGAAUUUGGUGGAUGCACCUGUUCUUAAGGGAGAUGUUUUAGCAAUACAAGAACGGUGUUGAGAACACAAAUUGGAUCAUACCCUUUUUAUGCUUUAGAAUUUGGGACCACAGUUGAGAGAGGGUGUUUGAUAGAUUGUAAUGGCGCAAUUUUAAAAUUAAUUCCGCACUCAUCAUCAUUUCUUCAAAUAACUGAAAGGACAGGCAAAUUGUACUAUGUUGUUGUCAAUUUAGGUAUCAUUGUUGAAGAGCAUUGUUUUUGGUUGGAUCAUUUACUGUAAUCUUUUUGGGCAAAGAAACCAUCAAACUGUAUUUAGAAGGACAUCUUUUUGGAAAACCUUUGCAGUAUUAUUAUCACACAUGAUUUUACUAUGUAAGACCACAUUAAACGAGCGCUGGAAUCCCACGUUUCAGAAACACACACACUGACUGGUUAUAGACGAAGGUGUAUCUGCUAUGGCGCAUAGCCAUGCACAGUAGUAGCUCAAAUAAUUAGGAAUUCUUUUUUUAUACAAAUCUUUUGCUAAACUUUUUACAACACAGUAUGUGGCAUUUGAAGCACUAUGAUUAAAAAGCCUGCCUCUUAAGGGCUGUUUUGUAAUUUGGAUUUUUCAAGUUGUGAUCACGUGUAAAAGAUAGUGUUUUAUCUUUCUAUUUUAAAUUAUGAAUGACUGUUAAGUCAGCAGCCAAAAAUGAAAAAGAUAAAUAUAGUCAGGACGCUCCAUUUCCUUUGCAGUUUUUCAGAAGGUCUUUGCUGCUUGAAGUCUUCAUCUGUCAAUAAAAUAGAAGAAACUUCA